GUGACUUUUAACCACAACAGUUGGGCACAGUUUUACAAAACCAACGCAUGCGCCUAGUAAUUUCCUUUUUCUCGUGCGACUCCGCCAUAGCGAGUGAGGCGGUAACAUGCAGAUCUUCGUGAAGACCCUCACGGGCAAGACAAUUACCCUAGAGGUUGAGCCAAGUGAUUCCAUUGAAAAUGUGAAGGCCAAAAUCCAGGAUAAGGAAGGGAUUCCCCCUGACCAGCAGAGGCUGAUCUUCGCUGGUAAGCAGCUGGAGGAUGGCCGCACCCUCUCUGACUACAACAUCCAGAAGGAGUCAACUCUCCACCUGGUCCUUCGACUUCGGGGUGGGGCCAAGAAACGCAAGAAGAAGAACUACACCACCCCAAAGAAGAACAAACAUAAGAAGAAGAAGGUCAAGCUUGCAGUUCUCAAGUUUUAUAAGGUUGAUGAGAAUGGCAAGAUCACGCGACUGAGACGUGAAUGCCCCGCGGAGGACUGUGGUGCCGGCGUCUUCAUGGCCUCACACUUUGACAGACAGUACUGCGGCAAAUGUUGCCUUACCUAUGUCUUUAAUAAAGCUGAAGAUAAAUAGAAUGUGAAUAAAAUUGGCUCUUAAGAGA